AUGCCCAGAAGGAGAGGCCCUCGAGGGAGGGCACAGGCCUCCAGCGGAUCCGGCCAGGAGCCGCAGCACAACGAAAAGGCCAUCGUCGUCCAGCACGUUGACCUUGUUGCAGCCUACCAGACUGACGAUGGCCCCCCUCCGUCCAUUAAUGAUGUAGUCGGAGACGCGCCAUCUGGGAUGGAGAGCGCAGAGACGGAACCCAUCGGCAACAUCGUGCCGCCGUCCCCGCCGACCCCCGUGGAAUUGGAGAUGUGCAGCACCAGCCAGACAGCCGAACUCGGUGACUUGGCCGAUUCCGCCGGCGAUGUUGCCGAGGAUGAGGCGGACGACGUCUCCACUGUGGUUGGAUCGACGCCUCCCACCUUCAGCAGGGCGUCUGAAGCUAACGGCCUGGCGCUCUCGGAUGGCGGCCUCGCCAAAGAUGCGCGAGGCCUCGACUAUCCUCCGCUGACCGACGAGGCUGGAGCGGAGGCCGCCGCGCGGGAGCGGGACCGGAUGAACGCCUAUAGAGCGGGCAGCAUCCGGUUCGCGCCCUGGAACAUACCGUACCGGCGGCGGCUGCAGACGCUGGCCGUGGUGCUGCACUCGCUGAGCAUCGCCGGGCUCGUCUCUUUUUUCUUCUUUCUCUGCGCGAUCCCGCUCACGUGGCCGCUCCUGAUCCCGUACCUGCUGCAUAUGCUGCUCUCCAAGUCGGCGACGGACGGUCGCCUGCGCGCGCGCUCGGAGCGGCUGCGGCGCAGCGUCGUGUGGAAGUUUUUCGGCGACUACUUCCCCGCGCAGCUGCACAAGACGCACGAGCUGCCGGCGACGCGCAAGUACAUCUUUGGCUACCACCCGCACGGCAUCAUCUCGCACGGCGCCUUCGCGGCCUUCUCGACCGAGGCGCUCGGGUUCGCGGACAAGUUCCCGGGCAUCACCAACAGCCUGCUCACGCUCGACUCCAACUUCCGCAUCCCGCUGUACCGCGACUACAUCCUGGCCAUGGGCAUCCAGUCGGUGUCCAAGGAGUCCAUCACCAACAUCCUCUCGCGGGGCGGGGCGGACGGCGCGGGCAUGGGCCGGGCGGUGACCAUCGUGGUGGGCGGGGCGCGCGAGUCGCUCGAGGCGCAGCCGGGCGUCAUGCACCUGGUGCUGGCGGAGCGCAAGGGGUUCGUCAAGAUGGCGCUGCGCACGGGGGCGGACCUGGUGCCCGUGCUCGCGUUCGGCGAGAACGACCUGUACGACCAGGUCAGCCCGCAGCACCACCCGCUGCUGCGCCGCCUGCAGAUGUGGGUGCUGCGCACGCUCAAGUUCACGCUGCCCUUCCUGCACGGCCGCGGCAUCUUCAACUACGACGUGGGCCUGAUGCCGUACCGCCGGCCGCUGAACAUCGUCGUGGGCCGGCCCAUCGCGGUGACCCGCGUGCCGGACGCCGAGAUGGAGAGCCGCGAGGUCGACCGGCUGCACAGGGAGUACGUGCGGGAGCUGCAGCGCAUGUGGGACGCGUACAAGGAUGUCUUUGCCCGGGGCCGCAAGGAGGAGUUGCAGAUUCUGAAGUGA